CUCAAAUUUUCCUCUGGUUAACGUUUUUAUUUUGUUGUAGGCUUGUAGCAAUUACAUUCGGAAGAUUUUGCAUGCUUUUCCUGAAACUGGAAGCUUGACAUGGCAGGAAAACCAUCAAAUACCCUCCUAACAAUGACAGACGAGGAGCCGGAUAGAAUUAGUUGUUUACCGGGUGAUGUAAUAGACCGAAUUUUGUUACGCUUGCCUAUUAGGGACGCUGUGAGAACAAGUGUUUUAUCCAACAAAUGGAGGUACAAAUGGGCCACAAUGCCAAAUCUUGUAUUUAAUAAACAACGUGUCUCUGCAACAGCCCCUUUUGUUAUCGGAGGAAAGCUUUUGGCAAUUAUUGAUCAUGUACUUUUACUUUAUUCCGGGCCAAUCAACAAGUUCAAGCUCUCUGAUUGUGGUGUGAUCAGUGUGACUGCUCUUGACAGGUGGAUUUUUCAUCUAACCAGGAGGUCUAUCAAAGAUCUUGUGCUGGGAAUCUCAAAAGGACAAUCAUAUAAGAUACCUUGGUGCUUAUUUUCUUGUCAAAGCUUACUUCAUCUAAGUUUAUCUUAUUGUUUGCUUAAACCUCCAUCGACGAUUGAAGGCUUUAAGAACUUGAAAAGUCUUAAGUUGGAUCACAUUACUAUGUCUCAAGAUGAUUUUGAGAUUUUGAUAUCUGGUUGCCCUCUGCUUGAAAGAUUGAUAUUGAUUGAAUUUGAUGGUUUCACAAAAAUAAACAUUCACGCACCAAAUCUCAAGGUUCUAGCUAUCGUAGGUAAAUUUGUGGAUAUUAGGUUUGAAAAAACUUCCCAAUUAGCUAAAGUAUGUGUUCGUUUGAGUUUGUAUUUGAACUCUGAAAGUAAUCAAAGUAGAUUACAUGGAAGCUCCAGCAACCUGCUCAAUUUUUUUGCUCAUAUGCAACACGUCUACGAGUUGAUUAUUACUGGCGAAUUUUUAAAGCUGCAGGUGUUGUUCCAGUAAAGCUUCCUACACCUUGUAUUAAUCUAACAUAUCUUUGGUUUAGUAUAAACUUCUAUGACUUUAAGGAAAUUUCAACUGCUCUAUGUGUGUUCAGAAGCUCGCCUAAUCUUAAAAAACUAGAAAUAAUUGCAGCACAGGAGGAGAAUACGGUCGUUUUAGCACCUGCCUCCUAUUGUUGGGAAAAUGUCUUUUUGGAGCCAUCCAUACCCAUCCAAGUGUGACAUGUGUGUAUUGAAGGCAUCUCUGGUAUGAAAGCUGAAUUAGAUUUUUUGAGAUUUCUACUUCUCUAUUCGCCUAUGCUAGAAAAGAUGGAAGUGAAGCCUGAUUUGAACGUCGGAUCUAAGUUGAUGUCAGAACUGCUGCGAUUCAAGAGAGCCUCCGCACAAGCUGAAGUUGUUUACCUUGGGGAAGUCUCUUCAUGAUGUUUUUUAUUCAACUCUUAAAUGUAUAUUGCCAUUUUGUUUCUUUUUCAUGAUCCAACAAUGGUCACCAUCCACAACUUCAGUUUGGUUAUGUCAGUUUCCAAGGUUCAAAUUCUAAACCUAAUGCUUAAAACUGCUUCGGUAUUGUUUACCUCA